GAUUUCGGUUGUUAGCGAUAUUGAAUCGCCGAUCUCCGUUUGACUAACGCAUUUGGAUUCCUUAUAUUAACAAUUACGAAAUCAGUUGAUCAAUCAGUUAUGUCUUCUCAAGAAAAAAGUGGAAUAACAGUUGACCAAAUUCACCAAGAUGCAUUGCUUCAGAUUGCCACCCAAUACUGGUUGCCAGGAGGCGAUUCAAGAAAGCCUUUUGAUUCAGACAUUGUUGAAAAAAUCUAUGAAAAUGAAAUAAUCGGAUCAGGAUUUUCAUCGAGACGAUGUAUGAUGUUGGAAUUCAGUCAAUAUCUAGAAAAAUUUCUUUGGCCUCAUUUUGAUACAGAAAAGUCCUCGAAUGAACAUUUAAUUUCUAUAAUUGCUAUGGUUAAUGAAAAAUUUCGGGAAAGAGUACCCGCAUGGGAGCCCUUUAAACGUAAUCCAGAAAAUUUUGAGGGGUUUAUGAGAAGAGCAUAUGAACUGAGUUUAAAUGAAAAUUUAUCACCUAAAGUUCAAACUGUUAUUUUAAUUUUUCUGAUACACGCAUUCAAUAGUCUUGAAGUCGAUCUCAUUAGAGAGCAAAUACAGCGAGUCGUUAAACUAUCUAUUUGGAAGAAUUUACAAGAAAAUCGCCUUGAAGAAAUUUUUGAACAACACGCAGUUUAUAAAAAACAUUGGAAUGCGAUUCAGAAAAAGGAUGCUAAAUUGGAUGAAAAAGAAAAGAAAAACGUUGACUUUGACAGAUCCUUUCUUUUUAAUCAUGUUGAGAAGUUCCUAAACAUUCUUAAUAGUUUUCCUAAGAAAGGAGAAAUUGAUUUGGAUAAAUUACACUAUUGCGAAAGAUUCCUAGAAUUUCUGAUUGAUCUUGAAUCCCAGUUACCAACAAGAAGAUUUUUUAAUACUUUAUUGAACGACAAUCACUUUGUUACAAAAUGUAAUUUAUCCCGAUUAGUUAGGUGUGAAGAGGGGAAGCUAUUUACUCAAUUAUUAGAUAUGUUGACGUUUUACGUGUCGUUUGAAAUUAAUGAUCACACUGGUGAAGCAUUAAAGGAGAGUGAAAUGAUUGAUAUACACUAUAACAGAGUUGUGCGGUUACAGAAAGCAGCCUUUAAACACUUUCAAGAACUACGCGAUUUUUCGAUGUGUAAUGUAUCUCAAGUUCACGACAGAGAAAAUCUGUUAAGCCAUUUGAAACCAUUAUCAAAUAAGAAAUUACACGAAAUAGCUUCUUUCUUAAACUUAAUUCCUCCUCCCAAAGAAGAAGAAGAAGAAAAAGAGCAAUUUAAAACAAAAAUACUACUGGAAAUUCUUGUUUCUUAUCAUGAAAGAAGAAGAUCUCAAUUGGAUAUGCUUAACGAACUACCACUUUAUCCUACUGAACAGAUAAUUUGGGACGAAAAUAUUGUUCCUAUGCAAUAUUAUAAUGGCGAUGCUUGCCUAGCUUUACCAAAGUUGAAUUUACAAUUUUUGACUCUACAUGACUAUUUGCUCAGAAAUUUUCAUCUAUUCCGAUUGGAGUCAACUUAUGAAAUUCGACAAGAUAUUGAAUCGGCUGUCAGCCGUAUGAAACCUUGGAAAUCCGAGGAUGGCAGCGCCCAUUUCGGAGGAUGGUCAAGGAUGGCGCUUCCCUUGGAGUCGUUUGUUGUAGUCGAGGUUGCUAAGCCAAAUAUUGGAGAAAAUCAUCCAUCAAGAGUUCGAGCUGACAUAACAGUCAAUCUUGCUCUUAAACAGGAUGUUAAAAGCGAAUGGGAAAAAUUGAGGAAGCACGACGUUGCACUUUUGCUAACAAUAAGACCUACCCAACCAAUUGGUACCCAAUACGAUUUCAAAGCACCGUUUAUACCUCAAGUUGGUCUUGUUUACGUGAGAGGUUGUGAAGUUGAAGGUCUUCUUGAUGAAAAUGGUCGUAUUCUUGAAGAAGGAUUAGACAGCAAACCUAACUAUACUGAUUCGAAGAGAUCAUUUCGGGUGAAAUUAGACCCUAAUCAGUACCAGCAGGAUAUAACAGCAACCCUUGAAGAGGGAGCCGAUGAUGUUUAUGAAUCAUUUAAUGUAAUUUUGAGAAGAAAGCCAAAGGAAAAUAAUUUUAAAGCUGUUCUUGAAACAAUUCGAAGUUUAAUGAAUACUGAAUGCGUUGUACCAGACUGGUUGCAUGAUAUAAUUUUGGGAUAUGGGGAUCCUGGAUCAGCACACUAUUCAAAAUUAUCAGACUUCAUAGAAAAACUGGAUUGGAAAGACACUUUUUUAAGUUUCGAUCACUUAAAAGCAUCUUUUCCGGAUCAUAAAAUUACCUUCAAAGACGAUGCAUCAGAAAAUGAUAUAAGUCCUCCUUUCAAAUUAACUUUUCCGAGACGUGACCCUUCAGCUGAAAGACCUGCUAAAAGAUCAAAAAGAAAGACUAACACUAAUGACGAUGAUAUAAAAGAACUUGUUGUUGAGCCAUAUACACCUCUUAAUCAAGGACCAUAUCCGUACAAUAAACCAAAGAGUAACCAGGUUCGGUUUACACCGACUCAAGUAGAAGCUAUCAAAUCUGGAAUGCAACCUGGGUUAACUAUCGUUGUUGGUCCACCUGGUACAGGUAAAACCGAUGUUGCUGUACAAAUCAUCUCAAAUAUCUAUCAUAAUUGCCCAAAUCAACGGACACUAAUAGUUACUCAUUCUAAUCAGGCUCUGAAUCAACUCUUUGAGAAAAUUAUGGCAUUAGAUAUUGAUGAACGCCAUCUCUUACGUUUAGGUCAUGGUGAAGAGUCUUUAGAAACUGAUAAGGACUUUAGUCGCUACGGGCGAGUUAACUAUGUAUUGGCAAAACGAAUUGAACUGUUAGAGGAAGUUGAAAGAUUACAAAAAAGCUUGGAAGUUCCCGGAGAUGUUGCGUACACUUGCGAGACUGCUGGUCAUUUUUACCUCUACCAUGUCUACUCUCGAUGGGAGGUGUUUUUAGAUAAGAUUAGGAAAGCUCAAGAAAAAACCCCAGAAAAAAUAAUAGAAUAUUUCCCUUAUCACAAAUAUUUCUCUAACGCUCCCCAACCACUCUUUAAAGGUGUGAACUUUGAAGAUGAUAUGAAUAUUGCAGAGGGUUGUUUUAGGCAUAUCCGUAAACUAUUUCAGCAGUUAGAGGAGUUCCAAGCUUUUGAAUUAUUACGAACAGGCACAGAAAGAGCAAGAUAUUUAUUAAUAAAAGAAGCAAAAAUAAUUGCUAUGACUUGCACUCAUGCCGCCUUAAAACGAUUUGACUUAACAAAAGCUGGAUUUCAAUUUGAUAAUAUACUUAUGGAAGAAGCUGCUCAGAUUUUGGAAAUCGAAACAUUUAUUCCUCUCUUAUUACAAAACCCUGAACACGGUCAUAAUAGACUGAAAAGAUGGAUAAUGAUCGGGGAUCAUCAUCAGUUGCCACCUGUUAUUAAAAAUAUGGCUUUUCAAAAAUUUUCCAAUAUGGAGCAGUCACUUUUCUCAAGAUUAGUUCGUUUAGGUGUUCCAACUGUGGAUCUUGAUGCUCAAGGCAGAGCUCGCUCAUCAAUAUCGUCCCUAUAUAAGUGGAGAUACAAAAAAUUAUCCGAUCUUCCUCAUGUUCAUCAGCACCCAGAAUUUUCCCUCGCGAAUUCUGGUUUCUGUUUUGAUUAUCAAGUAAUAAACGUAGAAGAUUUUCAAGAUGUCGGUGAAACAGAGCCGAACCCCUUCUUUUAUCAAAAUUUGGGUGAAGCGGAAUAUCUUGUUGCAUUAUAUAUGUAUAUGCGAUUACAAGGAUAUCCAGCAGAAAAAAUCACCAUUUUGACAACUUACAAUGGUCAAAAGCAUUUAAUCCGUGAUGUAAUAAAACAGCGUUGUGAAGGAAAUCCUCUAUUUGGCUUACCAUCUAAGGUGACAACAGUGGAUAGAUAUCAGGGACAACAGAAUGAUUAUAUUCUAUUAUCUUUGGUUAAAACUAGGAAUGUUGGUCAUAUAAGAGACGUUCGCCGUUUAGUUGUGGCAAUGUCGAGAGCUAGACUGGGUUUAUAUAUAUUUGCUCGUGUUGGACUCUUUCAAAACUGUUUUGAACUAACUCCAGCAUUUAAUAUUCUUUUGAAAAGACCAACUCAGUUACAUCUCGCUCCAUCUGAAAAAUAUCCAUCAGAUCGAAAGAAUAACGAAAAACCACCUGGAGAUAUAUUUGUUGUUCAAGAUCUUACCCAAUUGGCUAAUUACGUUGUCGAACUAUAUAAACAUAGAGUUAGAGAGCAUAGUAUUCAAAUGCAAUCCCAACGGCAAGUGCAAAAUACGAAUGUCGCUGAAGUUCAGAAGAUUGAUGAAGAAGAGACGAAAAAAGAAGACAAUCCAACAACUGAAACGACGAUAGACAACGAUGCCGACCGACACGACAAAUGAAUAAUUCAAGUAUAAAGUAUUCUUAAGUAAAUUCACAUUUUCGUCUUGUAAAUUAAUAUAGUACUGUUUUUCCAUUCUAUCAUUUUCUUAUUUGUGGAACUUUCUAUUGUUUGUACAUAACUCUGCAACUAUAUAUUCAGUUUACAAAUAUAUUUACAGAUCUAAUAAAAUAUCGC